AUGGAUGCGAUAACAUUUUGGGUGGUACGACAUGCGGAACGUGAAGACAAUAUCAAUUCUGCAUGGCACAAGAAUUCUGAUUUAAAAAGUGACAAUGCACCAUUGUCAAAGAGAGGACAAAAGCAAGCUGAUGAACUUGGUGCACGUUUUGAUAAGAUACAUUUGGAUCAUAUUUUUGUUUCUCCCUUUGAUCGUACUCUUGAAACGGCUACACGACUUUUACGAGGUCAUAAAAAUGCAUCAAUAAAAGUCGAACCAGGUCUAUGUGAGGGAUUAUAUAUGUGUGAGGAUCCUCCUGGUUAUGAAGAUCUACAUAUUCUGAAGCAAAAAUAUCCUCUUAUUGAUGCGUCUUACCGGUCAAUUAUGCCCUGGAAGCUUCCAAAAGAAGAUUAUGGUGAUGAAGCAUGUACAUUUCGCGUACGGUCAACAUUAGAAGCGAUUGAAAAACUUUAUUCAAAUUCUGAAGUGUUGCUUGUCUCUCAUGGAGCUCCAAUCGGUGCUAUUCAUGAAAUGCUAAGUGGCUCAUGGAAAUAUGUUGGUCAGGCAACUGUCUCGAAGUUUGUUAAGAAACCAAGAGGUUAUAAAAUGGAGCUUAGUAAUGAUGCAUCUCAUCUGAGCGAUAAGACCAAUCUUAGACCAUGGUAA